GUAUUUAUAUCUGCAAGGGAAAAGGCAAGCUAAAUUGUACAUAUUUGAGUAAAUCGAGGCAAUAAUCAAAGCACGAGAGAGCCAGCGCGAAAAAUAAGAUAAUUGACGGUGAUGAUGAUUUGCUUUUGUCUUUUUUUUUUGUUUGUUUAUCUGAUCGGUGGUGGUGCUGCUGAUAAUGAUUAUGUUGUUUCUUCAAUUUGAAUUCCAUCAUUGAAGAGAGCUCUAGCUCUCAAAAUCGAGGAGAGAGAGAGAGGUUCAGGGUUUCUUGAUUCAGCCUCUGCACACAGAGAGGGGGAGAGAGAGAGAAGGUUAGGGUUUUGAAGAUGACGGAGGUGAUCCUCCACAUAUACGACGUGACGAAUAGCGAUUCAGAUAAGACGAACAACACCAUUGUUCAGAUUAACAAGAUCUUCAAAGACGGUAUCGGUCUCGGUGGCAUCUUCCACAGCGCCGUUCAGGUUUAUGGAGAUGAGGAAUGGUCGUUUGGGUUCUGUGAACAAGGUACUGGAGUUUUUAGUUGCCCGGCUGAAAAGAAUCCGAUGUAUACAUAUCGUGAAUGCAUUGUUCUUGGGGAAACAAACUUUUCUAUAUUCAAGGUCAAUCAGAUCCUAAGGGAACUAAGUCGGGAGUGGCCUGGAUGCUCGUAUGACUUGUUGUCAAAAAACUGCAAUCACUUCUGUGAUGAGUUCUGUGAAAGGCUUGGUGUGCCUAAACUUCCUGGUUGGGUUAAUCGGUUUGCAAAUGCGGGUGAUACCGCGGCAGAAAUAGCAGGAAACACAGCAUUACGGCUGAGACAAGCUAAAACAGAGAUAGUAUCGGCUAGCAAAGUGGCCUACCGGUUUCUUCUGGGUGUUACUUCCAACCAGUCUGUUGCAGCUGAGUCUCCAGGCAGUACCAACAGAGGGAGUCCGAGAUUCCAAGGUAGUUGGUUUAAAAACCUUGUUUCAAAUGGUGCCAAACCAUCCAGUAGUAGUUCAGAACUAGAAAACCAAGAGGUGGCCGUGGUUCGACAUCAGCAGCAAUGACCAGAUACAGCAGCAAAAGGACCCAGUCAGCAUAACUUGAUGCCGUGAUAUUUGAGGAAGUUUUCUACUCCAGCAUCAUUGUUUUGUGUUGUACUAGUUAAAAACCUUACGAAGCCAUUGUUACAGUUAUUCUUUUGUGAAUCAUUGUAAAAUGCUUAAAGUUACUUUCUUUUUGACUGUCACAUUUACCUGUUUUCUUCCGAAGAUUCUGAAUUACAAUGAAGUGAUUGCAUAUCUUGUGUUA